AUGAGUUUGAGUGCCUGGAGAACCUUCAGAUCCUCACUUCUACAUAUUUCAAUGAGCAAUAUUCCGUUUUUUUCGUGGCUUCCACUCAUAUUCUUCCAUUGGUUAAUUCUGCGGGUGCACGUCUCUGUGGUACGUGGCCAAUGUCUUGAUGGUGAAGGAACGUUGCUCCUUCAACUGAGGAAUGACCUUAGUUAUCAGGAUUCUCGGACUCUGACAUCCUGGAAUCAACAUCCUCGUUGCUGCGAGUGGGCAGGUAUAUCCUGUGACAGCAAUGGCCAUGUUGUUGGUCUUGACUUGAGUGAGCAGGACAUCGCCGGUGAGAUUAGCAGUUUAUUCAAUCUGGAAUAUUUGCAGGAUUUGAAUUUGGCAUAUAACAAAUUCGAUUCUGCUUUUCCAUCUGGAUUCCACAAGCUCAAAAGCUUGAUAUAUUUAAAUUUGUCUGACGCUGCAUUCAGGGGGCAGAUUCCAAUCGGGAUUUCUCACUUGACAAAGUUAGUCACUCUUGAUCUCUCUUGUUUUUACUGUGAUCCGAGACUAGAAAUUCCAAGUCUUCAAAACCUUGUACAAAAUCUCACAAGUUUGAAGAAACUGUAUCUGGAUGGUGUAGAUUUAUCAGCACAAGGACACAAAUGGUCGAAUGUUGUGUCGUCACUUUUGGGCCUGCAAGAAUUGAGCAUGCAGGUGUGUGGGCUCUCAGGUCCUAUGGAUUCUUUGGCAAAGCUUGUGCAUCUCUCGGUGAUUAGUCUUGACCGCAAUGAUUUGUCGUCUUCAGUUCCAGAAGCCUUUGCCAACUUUGAAAACCUAACAACCCUGAGCCUUUCUUCUUGCAGCUUGAGAGGAAUGUUUCCAAAGAAGAUCUUUCAACUAAGAAAGCUGUCCUUUGUUCACAUAUCAGAUAAUGAAGAUCUUCAUGGUUCAUUCCCAGACUUUCCAUUGAAUGGUUCUCUCUGGCGCUUGACAAUGACAGGGACAAAUUUUUUUAGAUCCAUACCAAAUUCUAUAAGUAAUUUGAGGCAGUUGUCUGUGUUACAUCUUUCUUCAUGCCAUUUCAAUGGAACACUUCCCAUCUCUAUGUCUGAGUUCACCCAACUUGUUGAACUAGAUUUGUCAGAUAAUAGAUUUACGGGCUCGAUUCCGUCACUAAAUAAGUGCAAGAAACUUGUUCGUGCAAUAUUCUCGAGUAACAGCUUCGCUGGUCCAUUACCAUCCACUCACUUUGAAGGCCUUGUAAAUCUAGUUGAAAUCGAUUUAACAAAUAAUUCCAUCAAUGGACGGUUCCCUUCAUCCAUAUUUGUGCUUCCAUCUGUGCAAGUCAUACGAGUUUCUGAUAGAGCUCAUGAUUUUACUAAGACCUAUAAGAGAAAAUCAAGGAAGGCAAGAGGUUAA